AUGGCUUCAGGAGCAUCUAGAUCUGCAUCCUUACUUCUCUUGAUCCUCAACAUGCUUCUCUACUUCAUCAUCAUUGUCAUUGCUUCAUGGGCCAUAAACCAUGCCAUUCUCCGGUCACAAGCAGCAGCUUCUGUCCUAUCCAUCCCAGCUCGGAUCUUCCCCAUAUUCUUCCCCAUGGGUAACAUGGCUACCGGAUUCUUCGUCGUGAUCUCCCUCCUGGCUGGAAUCGUGGGCAUCACCACAUCGUUAACUGGAAUCCAGAACGUUAUGGUCUCGAAUGCAGCGAAUCUCCAUGCUGCAGCUUCAUCUUCCCUGACUUCCUUGGCACUCACGCUUCUAGCCAUGGGAUUGGCGUGUAAAGAGAUUGACAUAGGGUGGACUGAUGCAAACUUGAGGACUCUGGAAGUGAUAACCAUAGUUGUGAGUGCAACCCAGUUGCUGUGCACCGGAGCUCUUCAUGCCGGAGCUGAAGAGGUUGAGACGCGACGGAGGAUCCUUGGCUAGUAGGAAGAAGAAUUUGAAUAUUCUUCUACCACCACCCUCAUUGUUUUCAUGACAGCUCUCUCAAUUUCUCCUUUCCUUCUUCCCUUCUUUUAUUGUGAGUGAGAGUUGUAAUUCAAUAGCAUUGUUUCUUGUUGAUUUGUGAUCUUUAAGCUUUUACCUUGUUUGGCAC